CCUAAGCCAUCUGCCCCCAGGGUGGAGGAUGAACCACUCUUCUGAAAGAAACCCCCUGCCGCUUUGUCAUCUUUCCUAUCGAAUACCGUGAUGUUUGGCAAAUGUAUAAGAAAGCGGAGGCUUCCUUCUGGACAGCUGAGGAGCUGGACCUUUCCAAGGACAUUCAGCCCUGGGAAGCCCUGAAGCCUGAAGAGAGAUGUUUCACUUCGUGUGUUCUGGCUUUCUCUGCAGCAAGUGAUAGCAUAGUAAAUGAAAACUUGGUUCAGAUUACGGAAGCCCGUUAUUUCUAUGGCUUCCAAAUUGCCGUGGAAAACAUACAUUCUGAAAUGGACAGUCUCCUCAUUGACACUUACAUUAAAGAUUCCAAAGAAAGGGAAUUCCUCUUCAAUGCCAGUGAGACAGUGCCUUCUGUAAAGAAGGCGGCAGAUUGGGCCUUGCGCCGGAUCGAAGACAAAGAGGCUACGUACGGAGAACGUGUCGUAGCCUUUGCCGCAGCGGAAGGAAUCUUCUUUUCUGGUUCUUUUGCAUCUGUAUUGUGGCUCAAGAAACGAGGACUCAUGUCCGGCCUCACAUUUUCCAAUGAACUUAUUAGCAGAGACGAGGGUUUACACUGUGACUUUGCCUGCCUGAUGUUCAAACACCUGCUACACAAACGUUCGGAGCAGAGAGUCAAAGAAAUAAUCGUCAGUGCAGCUAGGACAGAACACGAGUUCCUCACGGAGGCCCUGACAGUGGAGCUCAUCGGGAUGAAUUGCGCUUUGAUGAAGCAGUACGUCGAAUUCGUGGCAGACAGACUUAUGCUGGAGCUGGGUUUUAGCAAGGUUUUCAGAGUAGAAAAUCCAUUUGACUUUAUGGAGGCUAUUUCUGAAGGGAAGACUAACUUCUUUGAGAAGAGACUAGGCAAGUAUCAGAGGAUGGGAAUGACGUCCAGUCCGACAGAGAAUUCCUUUACCUUGGAUGUUGACUUCUAA